UCUUAUAAAUUUAUUUUAUCUCAUUUCACCUGCUACGAAGCAUCCUCUUCCUCCAUCUUCCUAAUAUAUAAAUAAAGGUAUGCGACAUCUUCAUUUUUCAUAUCAAAGUUUUUCAAUUAUUUCAUACACGUCAACAAACUUCACUUCGGUUUUCAAUUUCCUCUGCUCAUAUACACAUCUUUUAUUUUUCUUCUCAAGAUCAUCUUCAUCAAUCUCCAAAUAUGAGUUCUGCACAGCCAACAGUGUCAUACCCUUCAUCUUACUCCGCCGGACAAGGCCCAUAUGUGGCACCACCACCACCGGCUGGUUACCCCACCAUGGACGCCUCUGCUGCUGGGCAAACCCAUAACCAAGUUGAAACCAAAUCCAAGGGCGAUGGCUUCUGGAAAGGAUGUUGUGCUGCCAUAUGCUGUUGUUGUGUGUUGGAUGCAUGCUUCUGAGGAUUCAGGAUCAUCAUCAUCGUCUUCUAUGGAUUUUUACCACUAUAUAUGUAUUACUAUGUAGAUGACUAUUGGUUAUAUAUUUUAUUGUUUUUGAAUUUAUUUUAUUUUUUUAGAUUUUAGUUUGAUCAUUGUACAUGAUCGAUCACAUAUUGUAUCAGACUCAGCUCACUUUGAUUGUUUGUUUUAUAUAUUGAAUAAAUACUACAUUUGGUGGUUCUCUAUAAAAA